AUGCGCGCAGCACGAUACUACGGGAAAGAGGAUAUCCGGAUUGAGGAUGUGGAUGAGCAGAAGUGUGGUGCGGGACAAGUCAGGAUCGCCCCGGCCUUCGUAGGUAUCUGUGGUACUGAUCUUCAUGAAUACCUCGGCGGACCCAAUUUCGCACCGACGACUCCGCAUCCGUGUACGAACGAAACGAUUCCCAUUACCCUAGGGCAUGAGUUCUCGGGAACUGUCACCGAAGUGGGUUCAGACAACUCAAGCUUUACUGUGGGUCAGAAUGUCGUUGUUCAGCCGACGAUAUAUUGCGGCACCUGCGAAGCAUGCAAAGCUGGUUCCGAGAACGUUUGCGACAAUGGUGGCUUUAUCGGGCUGUCGGGAGGAGGUGGCGGUUUGAGCGACUCCGUCGUUGUGCCUGAAGGUGCGGUGUUGAAUCUGCCCAACAACGUACCACUUGAUGUCGGUGCGUUGGUAGAGCCUCUAGCUGUGGGAUGGCACGCCAUUUCUGCCGCACCAUUGACACCAGAGUCGGUUGUCAUGGUCCUAGGUGGUGGACCGAUCGGGCUCGCCAUUGUACAAUGUCUGGUCGCACUGGGCACGAAGAAGAUCAUCGUGAGCGAGGUGUCCGGCGCACGGCAGCGCUUUGCAAGAGAGUUUGGCGCCCAUCAUGUCCUUUGCCCCAAGACGUACGAUGUUGUCAAGAUGAGCAAAGCGCUCAGCGGCAGGGAUGGACCGGAUGUGGUAUUUGACUGCGCUGGCGUACCAGCAAGUCUCACAACAGCUUGUACUGCGGUAAGGGCUCGAGGUACCGUCGUCAAUGUCGCAAUUUGGGAGAAGGAGGUUCCAUUCAACCCCAACAUGCUUGUGUUCCGGGAGGCGCAGUACACAGCCGUCUUGGGCUAUCAAAGAAAGGACCUUGAGGCGGUCAUCGAACACCUAGCUGCUGGCACGUUGAAGCCUAUGAAGAUGAUUACUAGCAAGAUCAGUCUAGAGGAUUUGGUGGAGGGCGGGAUCAAAGCGUUGAUCAACGACAAGGAGAACCAUGUCAAGAUCUUGGUGGAAGUUGGAGGGAUGAGUCGAGUAGAUUCUGCUAUACACUAA